UCUCCUACACCCUCUCCAUCCUCACUGUCUCCUACACCCUCUCCAUCCUCACUGUCUCCUACACCCUCUCCAUCCUCACUGUCUCCUACACCCUGUCCAUCCUCACGGUCUCCUACACCCUCUCCAUCCUCACUGUCUCCUAAACCCUCUCCACCCUCACUGUCUCCUACACCCUCUCCAUCCUCACUGUCUCCUACACCCUGUCCAUCCUCACGGUCUCCGACAUCCUCUCCAUCCUCACUGUCUCCUACACACUGUCCAUCCUCACGGUCUCCGACAUCCUCUCCAUCCUCACUGUCUCCUACACCCUGUCCAUCCUCACGGUCUCCGACAUCCUCUCCAUCCUCACUGUCUCCUACACCCUGUCCAUCCUCACAGUCUCCGACAUCCUCUCCAUCCUCACUGUCUCCUACACCCUGUCCAUCCUCACGGUCUCCUACACCCUCUCCAUCCUCACUGUCUCCUACACCCUCUCCAUCCUCACUGUCUCCUACACCCUCUCCAUCCUCACUGUCUCCUACACCCUGUCCAUCCUCACGGUCUCCGACAUCCUCUCCAUCCUCACUGUCUCCUACACCCUGUCCAUCCUUACGGUCUCCUACACCCUCUCCAUCCUCACUGUCUCCUACACCCUCUCCAUCCUCACUGUCUCCUACACCCUCUCCAUCCUCACUGUCUCCUACACCCUGUCCAUCCUCACGGUCUCCUACACCCUCUCCUACCUCACUGUAUUCUAAACCCUCUCCAUCCUCACUGUCUCCUACACCCUCUCCAGUCUCACUGUCUCCUACACCAUCUCCAUCCUCACGGUCUCCUACACCCUCUCCAGCCUCACUGUCUCCUACACCCUCUCCAGUCUCACUGUCUCCUACACCCUCUCCAUCCUCACUGUCUCCUACACCAUCUCCAUCCUCACUGUCUCCUACACCCUCUCCAGCCUCACUGUCUCCUACACCCUCUCCAGCCUCACUGUCUCCUACACCCUCUCCAGCCUCACUGUCUCCUACACCCUCUACAGUCUCACUGUCUCCUACACCCUCUCCAUCCUCACUGUCUCCUACACCCUCUCCAGUCUCACUGUCUCCUACACCCUCUCCAUCCUCACUGACUCCUACACUCUCUCCAUCCUCACUUCUCACCGUCUCCUACACCCUCUCCAGUCUCACUGACUUCUACAUCCUCUCCAGCCUCACCGUCUCCUACACCCUGUCAUCCUCACUGUCUCCUACACCCUCUCCAGUCUCACCGUCUCCUACACCCUGCCUGGCCCCUCUCCCUGUGACGGGGUGUGGGGGUCUGGGUUCUGACAGUACCUCAGCAGGAGAGCACGGCCCUGAUGGAUGCCACAGAUGGGCCUUUCCCUCGGAGCUCCCAGGCCCGGCGCAGUGUGAGCUUGGCGGGGUCAGAAGCCAGGCCUCCCCAUGA